AUGGAUGACGUAAACUGACAAAACGGAGACAAUCAACCCAAAAAGUCAAGGAAUUUGAUGGCGUAUUUGAGCCUCUUCUUUACCAAAUUAUUCAGAGAAAAAGCUGAGCAAUGUCAGCAUAAGGACGACUGCCCUAAGAAUGCUGUAAAGGGAUUUAUCAAGAAUUUCGUAAUUGCGUAUUGAAUAAAAAUCGGAGGUCAAGUCUUGAUGAUGUCGGUGAAGAGGAAAUAUGAUGUCAAUAAGAUCCUACAGAAUAUGGUCUCAAAGGAUUGACUCAGCUUCGCUAUGUUCUUGGCUAGUGUUGCUGCUUUAUAUAAAUCGUCACUUUGCCUGACAAGACGAUUUAAUAGGACUCAUGAUAAGUACAACGCGGCAAUUGCAGGAGCAAUUAGUUCUUUCGCCUGAUUAGCUGACAAGAAUGUAUCAAGGAGGCAAGCAAUAGUCUUUUAUUUAUCAUCAAGAGUCCUCGAAAGCUUUUUUAAACUCAUGGAUAACCACCACGUCAUGGCUGAGCCAAAAGAGUGGGGAUUCUAUGUAAUGGCAGUUGGAGCUGGCCUCUUCGGAUACCAAGUAUGGUGAGAAAGAGAUACUGCUCUCAAGAGUGCAUUGAAGACUAUGGAUAAGUUUGCAGCCUUGAAGAAGAACGACAUAGGCUAUAUGCAAAUCUUGCAUAAGGUUUCAUACUAA